GAGAGAGAGCGGGGGAGGUAGAGGCAGCGAGCAAAGACACAGCCGAGGCAGAAGUCUAACGUUAGCUAGAUUACUACUUUUAAGCGCAGACUAGUGUCUCCGUGUUUUCUUCGGACUGUAGAGAGACACGCUGUGGACGUCGGCGGCUCCUCUGAUUAAGUUAACAUGGGUAUGAAUGGCGGGGUUUUAUCUCCUUUCGCGUAACGUCAGCGUCCUCGGAGAAAGUCAGGGUUUCCCCCCCCGUGAGGUUUAGCUAAACUGAGUAGUGGACUUGAGGGCGAGGAGGGCGAGGUAACGGUACUUUUCUUUUGUCUUUAUUUUACCCUCUGGAUCCUGUUAUCAUGACGCCCGACCUCCUGAACUUCAAGAAGGGAUGGAUGUCCAAACUGGACGAGAGUGGCGACUGGAAGAAGCAUUGGUUUGUUUUGACUGAUGCUGGACUGAAGUACUACAGAGACUCUAGUGCAGAGGAGAAAGAUGACUUGGACGGAGAGAUUGACCUAAAAUCCUGUGUGAAGGUGUGCGAGUUCGAUGUGGAGAAGAACUAUGGGUUUCAGGUACAGACGCGGGAGGCUGCGCACACCCUGUCCGCCAUGACAGCCGGGAUCAGGCGGAACUGGAUAGAGGUUUUAAAGAAGUGCAUCCGGCCCAGCAGUUCUCCGGACCUCACGCAAUUACCUGACGGCAGCAGCGACAAGGAAAACUCCCACUCUCGCUUCCUGCCGUCUUCCCGUCGGCCAUCAUCGCGUCACGCCGACGUCGUUCAGUCCGAGGUCUCGACCCCCGCUCAUCGCAGGUUCGACUAUGUGGAGCUGUCCCCGGUUCCCGCCUCGUCAGCCGGUCAGAGAGAAGCGGCCGAGGGGCAGGGCAGGGAGCACGGCCAGUGGCAGGAGGAGAGGAACACGAGCAGCCAGUGGGAGGCCGUGCUGUCCAGGAAGGGCACCGGCGGGGGAUCGAACCAGAGGCCGCGCUCGGAGGACGAGAUCGAGGGGAAGUGGGCCGAGUUCGAGCGCAUGCCGCUAAAGGAGAUGAGCUCCUUGCCGCCGAUGGGAUCGCGGCCCUCCAGCCAGUCAGCCAACGAGGCGCUGCAGAGGGAGGUGGCGUCACUGAGGCAGCAGCUGGAGCAACUACAGGGAAGGGGAGGGCGAUGGGGAGGAGGAGGCGUGAGGGGCGGCUGCGGCCCCGAGGCCCCCUGCGGCCGCAGCCUGGCGGCCAUGGAGCGCGCUCAUCGACAGGCGAUGGAGGAGCUGCAGAGGCAGCACGAACGCCAGCUCAAGGGGCUGGAGACCGAGAAGGACCGGCUGCUGCUGGAGGAGACCCGGGACACGGCACGAGUAAUGGAGGCUUUGAAGAAGAAGCACAAAGACGAGCUGGAGAGAGAGGUGGAGCGAGUCAAGCGGCUGAGCAGCGGGGCGAUAGAUUCACAGGCUUUACGAGCCCAACAGCAGGCGGAAACUCAGGCCUCGCAAAGAGAGCUGGCCGGACUGUCUGAGCGCUACUCUCAGAAGUGUCUGGAGCUGAACCGAGCCGAGCAGAACAGCGCAGAGAGAGAGAGGGAGAUCAGCCGCAAGGAGAGAGACAUGGAGCAGCUGAGGAAGGAGAACCAGGAUUUAAAAGCCCGUUUGGCGGCGGAGAUCAGUCGUACGCGAUCCUCCGUCACAUAUCAGAGCUCAGAGAACAGCAAAGACAGGACGCCCAGUGAACUAGAGGUUCUUCUCAGGGUGAAGGAAAACGAGAUCGAGUAUCUACACAAGGAGAUCAGCUGUCUGAGGAAUGAGCUGCAGUUUCUCAACACGGAGAAACGUCUGGCCUGUGAGCGCUAUGCGGAGGUGCACGAGGAGCUGAGCGGGAUGAAGGGCCGGAGCGAGCGAGAGAUCCAGAGUCUAAAGGAGCACUUGAGGCUGGCCAUGGCUGCCCUGCAGGAGGGGCAGAAGCUGGGCAACAGCCUGGACCACUGAGACCCUGCUGCUGGUACUAGCGCUCUGGAAGACAAGGAGACAGGUGUGGACGGAUGUAGAGCCGGGCAACAUCUCACCGUCUCUGUGGAGAUUUUGAAAGGCACAUAAUGUAUUUGAUAGGGUUUGUUUUUUUUGUGUGUUUCUUUCUGUAUGUUUAUUGUUUUGCAGGUGUGUCUGCACCACGGUGACUGAUAUUCAGCAGCAAAAGAAAGCGGAGGACUUGUACAGUUGCGGCUGUGUGGGGACCAUGAUAGUGCCUUAGUUUUCUAUCCUUCUGCCAAUGAGCAGCAUAGAGUAGCUGUUAGCUGGUUUUAUUACACUGGGCCACACACACGUUAUAGAUAACUGCACUUUUUAUGUUUUUAUUUUAGCUUUUGCUUGCUUUGAGUGCAAGAAUGUAUGAGUGCGCAUUUGGUCUGAAAACUGGAAUAUCCGUUGAGUGACAUGAUUUUUUUUUUUGUUAUUAUUAUCAGGUAUUGUAGAUAAAGAUUUCAUACCGUAUCCGAUUCUUUUUUUUGUUCAUACAUAAGAGCUACUGUCAUCAGUUUUCUAUGUUGUACAGCUGUUGAGUCAUGUUUACUCUGUGAAAAUGGCUUGUGUUUCUAUAGAAAUGGGAGCUUAUCAUUUGCUGUAAUUAUCUUUUCUUUUUUUUCUUUUUUUUUUACCUGGAGAGAAGUGUGCUUACGUAGUGUCGUGUUUAUGAGCAUGACGUCCUGAAAAAUCCAUUGGGAUUACUACAGGACAAGACGGCAAACCUUUGUUAAUUCCUGGCAGGCUGAAUUGGAAGUUGAUCUCUGAUUGUACAGCUGUUGAAUGAAUGUUGUCCCACGUCACAGAUGUCUUUAUUUUUGAAACCAUGGUUGAGAAGCAGGAACUCUCCAGCUUCCAGCCCCCCCCCCCCUGAUCAUUGUUGGCAUGUAUGUGCCACCACUUAACAAAUGACAGGUGUUGCAUCAAUGAGCCAAUUUCUUUUUAUUGACAGUAUGAAUUGUGAUAAAAUGACUUAUCUACCUGCCUUUUGAAAAUAUUUUUCAUAUUUAAUGUACUGUAAAAGCCUGUAUCAUCUUUAUAAAUUAUACACAAUUUUUGCAAUCAAUAAAAUAAGUUCAACAAACACUA